AGCGGCCCUGGGUCACAGUUCAACUACAAAAAACGUGCGUCAACAGCCAUGCGUUUGGACUGAGCAUCUGAGUGAAACACGUCUUAAAAGUUGUGUUAAAAUGUUCAGAGACAUCUCAUCUUCGUCCUCCUCUGCUUCCUCUUCUUCCUCCUCCAGCGACGACGAGGAUAAUGGUCCAGAGACACACGCAGACUCCGGACACACAGAGAGCGGGAAGAAGUUCCAGUGCCCCGCCGAAUUCGUGUCCUUCUCUUACAAAUCAUGCAGCUCCACUGUCAAGGCAGACGGCAGCUCUGAACUGUGGCUCAUCAAAGCUCCCGCAAGCUUCGACGCACACAGUUUCAGUGGACUCCAGCUGCCCCUGUGUGGCCUGCAAACACUGAGGGUUCCACCUGGAGAGGGUGUGAAGCACACCUACAAUAUCCUUGGCUCCUCACACUGCAGCCCCGAGCUUCGCCUCCUCACUUCCCCCAAGAACACCUCUCACCCCGCCUCACUCACCUCCGCCUUCACUGGAUUCAUCAGCAUAUGCGAGAGCUAUGGUGACCACAGUGCAAAUCCGGCUCUCCACAUGGUCCCUGCCAUCCCGCCACCCUCUCUGCCCCCUGGACUGAAACAGCGCUUUCAACACUCCGCCUGCAGGACUAUCCCUCGGCCAGCGGACGGUGAGUCAGGCAGGAAGAGGAGGAGAGAGAAGAGGAUCAAAGCAGAGCCAGAGGAGGAGUGUGUGCGAGCCAAGCUGGACACGCUGAUCAGUAUAAAGAGUGAGGUCAAACAUGAGCCUGUGGACACACAGUAUGUAGAGACUGAGAGGAGGAGCAAGAAGAAGAAGAAGAAGUCUAAAAGUGACAACUAGUCUAGAUGUGCGUCUCUGCCCGUGCGUCUCUGCCCGUGCGUCUCUGCCCGUGCGUCUCUGCCCGUGCGUCUCUGCCCGUGCGUCUCUGCCCGUGCGUCUCUGCCCGUGCGUCUCUGCCCGUGCGUCUCUGCCCGUGCGUCUCUGCCCGUGCGUCUCUGCCCGUGCGUCUCUGCCCGUGCGUCUCUGUGAUGUAUUACCACUGUCAUUAAACAUUUUACACAAACUGUUGCUCCUCUUUUCAGUCAUGGAAGAAUCUGUUUCUUAAGUAAACAUACAAUAUAAUAGCUCAGGUCACAGGAAACAUGUCCUACCAUGCAAGCAGUGGGACCAGCAACUCAAAUAGUUAAAGCUGCACUAUGUAACUUUGCUGGUGUUUUCUCGUGAGACUUACUUUAAAGAGGGAGUGUUUUACUUCUAUGGGAUUUUAACUG